AUGACAACCAAUCAAUUCUCAGACCAACUAAGCAAAGAAGUACAGCUAGCAACCAAAUAUGUAAAGGAUUACUUUAUCGUGACUGAUUGGUGGCCAGCCGACAAUCCGAUGGAGUUUUUUUUAAAGAUGAAAAAAAGGGAGUAUGAAAACGAUCGUGACUGCAAGGAAGAAAAAAUCAUCUCUUCAUCAUCGAAUGCUGAUGGUGGUUCCUACAAGCCACUUUCGAACAUAUUACGUGAUUCGGUUGAAUUGGCAACCAAUCUACUGGAAGAGCAAUUUGAAGUCAUUUCCCUAAAACCAAAAGUACCUUCGAAGCAAGAUGCAUUUGUUUUCGACGCUUUCGGAGAACUUAUAAAGGCUUUUGCGAAAACUGAGACACAAAAUAGCAAUAAUAAUAACAAGAAAGUGCAGGAAAUCAGUGGAUCUGAGAAGCGCUUUGUCGAAGUUCUUUAUAAAAGACCACCAAAAAAAGUUAAGACCUCUCCUCCUUCAGUAAGACCCUCAAUUAAAUACGUUUCAACCAUAAGAAAGGCGCCAAAAACAACUCACAAGACAAAAGAAUGUAUUGUCUGUCUUGAAAACAAAGAACUAACUCACUUCCCAAAAAUCACAAAUCAAUGCUCUCACGAAAACACAGUAUGCAAAGAGUGUAUUAAAAAGUAUAUUGAGGUCGAAGUGCAAGAUAAAGGAAUCAUUGAAAUACAAUGUCCUGAGAAAAACUGUAAAACAAUUUUGCAAGAGCAGGAUAUUCGGCGAUUUGCUUCCAAGGAAGUAUCUGACCGAUUCUUGACGUUGACAGCAAAAGCAGCAUGUUCGCAAAUACCAGAUUUUCAUUAUUGUUUAAAUCCGAAUUGCAGUUCAGGUCAAAUUCACUACGAAGGAGGAUCCAGCUGCCCACAAUGCCAACUUGCACGAGCACAAGCUGAAAAAGAACAAGCUGAAAAAGAAGCCGAAAAAGAAGCCAUGCGUCUGGAAACAUUACGAAAAUUCAAUGAAGAAUCGGAAAAGUUUAUCGAGUUGAAAACUAAGGCGUGUCCUGCUUGCACGAGACGAAUUGAAAAAAAUGAGGGGUGUGAUCAUAUGACCUGUAAAGCUCCUUCAUGCGGUUAUGAGUUUUGUUGGUUGUGA